UACUGAGUCAAUGUGGAGACUACAUACAGGAGGUACCGCUACUGAGUCAAUGUGGAGGCUAUAUACAGGAGGUACCGCUACUGAGUCAAUGUGGAGGCUACAUACAGGAGGUACCGCUACUGAGUCAAUGUGGAGGCUAUAUACAGGAGGUACCGCUACUGAGUCAAUGUGGAGGCUAUAUACAGGAGGUACCGCUACUGAGUCAAUGUGGAGGCUAUAUACAGGAGGUACCGCUACUGAGUCAAUGUGGAGGCUAUAUACAGGAGGUACCGCUACUGAGUCAAUGUGGAGGCUAUAUACAGGAGGUACCGCUACUGAGUCAAUGUGGAGGCUAUAUACAGGAGGUACCGCUACUGAGUCAAUGUGGAGGCUACAUACAGGAGGUACCGCUACUGAGUCAAUGUGGAGGCUAUAUACAGGAGGUACCGCUACUGAGUCAAUGUGGAGGCUAUAUACAGGAGGUACCGCUACUGAGUCAAUGUGGAGGCUAUAUACAGGAGGUACCGCUACUGAGUCAAUGUGGAGGCUAUAUACAGGAGGUACCGCUACUGAGUCAAUGUGGAGGCUAUAUACAGGAGGUACCGCUACUGAGUCAAUGUGGAGGCUAUAUACAGGAGGUACCGCUACUGAGUCAAUGUGGAGGCUAUAUACAGGAGGUACCGCUACUGAGUCAAUGUGGAGGCUACAUACAGGAGGUACCGCUACUGAGUCAAUGUGGAGGCUAUAUACAGGAGGUACCGCUACUGAGUCAAUGUGGAGGCUAUAUACAGGAUGUACCGCUACUGAGUCAAUGUGGAGGCUAUAUACAGGAGGUACCGCUACUGAGUCAAUAUGGAGGCUAUAUACAGGGGGUACCGCUACUGAGUCAAUGAAUUAUACAAUUCAGUAUUGGUGCACAACUUCUCCUUUAAAUAUCAACGGGGUGCAAAAUGUUCUGUAUUUGUGGAACAACCCAAGUAUUAAUGUAAUAUCUUGGGCUCCCGAGCAGCACAGCGGUCUAAGACACUGUAUCUCAGUGCAAGAGGCAUCACUACAGUCCCUGGUUUGAAUCCAUGCUGUAUCACAUAUGGCUGUGAUUGGGAGUCCUAUCGGGCGGCGCACAAUUGGCCCAGCGUUGUCUGGGUUUGGCCGGGGUAGGCCGUCAUUGUAAAUAAGAAUUUGUUCUUAACUGACUUGCCAAGUUAAAUAAUGGUUAAAUAAAUGUAAAUAUCCUUUUCUCGCCCUCUCUCUCUAGGUGGAGCCA